CGCCGGGGGCCGGCGUCUGCAGCUGCCGCUGCUGUGCCUCUUCUUCCAGGGAGCCACCGCUAUCCUCUUUGCCAUCUUCGUUCGCUACAACCGCGAAACUGAUGCUGCCCUCUGGCACGGGGGCAACCACAGUAACGCAGACAAUGAAUUUUACUUUCGCUACCCAAGCUUCCAGGACGUGCACGCCAUGGUCUUUGUGGGUUUCGGCUUCCUCAUGGUCUUCCUGCAUCGCUACGGCUUCAGCAGCGUGGGCUUCACCUUCCUCCUGGCCGCCUUUGCCCUGCAGUGGUCCACACUGGUCCAGGGUUUCCUCCAUUCGUUCCACGGCAGCCACAUCCACGUCAGCGUGGAGAGCAUGGUCAGCGCGGACUUCUGUGCGGGCGCCCUGCUCAUCUCCUUCGGGGCCGUCCUGGGCAAGACGGGGCCUGCGCAGCUGCUGCUCAUGGCCCUGCUGGAGGUGCUGCUGUUCGGCACCAACGAGUUUGUGCUCCUCGACCUCCUGGGGGCGAGAGACGCUGGGGGCUCCAUGACCAUCCACACUUUUGGCGCCUACUUCGGGCUGGUCGUCUCUCGGGUCCUCUACAGGCCAUGGCUGGAGAAGAGCAAGCACCGCCAGAGCUCCACCUACCAUUCCGACCUUUUUGCCAUGAUUGGAACCAUCUUCCUGUGGAUUUUCUGGCCGAGCUUCAAUUCUGCACCCACGUCACUGGGGGACACGCAGCACCGGACAGCCCUCAACACCUACUACUCCCUGGCCGCCAGCACGCUCAGCACCUUCGCCCUGUCAGCCCUGGUUGGCAGGGACGGGCGGCUCGACAUGGUCCACGUCCAGAACGCAGCGCUGGCUGGCGGGGUUGUGGUGGGCACAUCGGGUGAAAUGAUGCUGACUCCCUUUGGGGCCCUGGCAGCUGGCUUCUUGGCGGGGACCGUCUCCACGCUGGGGUACAAGUUCCUCACGCCCAUCCUUGAAUCCAAAUUCAAAGUGCAAGACACUUGUGGUGUUCACAAUCUCCAUGGGAUGCCGGGGGUCCUGGGGGCCCUUCUGGGGGUCCUUGUGACUGCACUGACCACCCACCAAGCUUACGGAGAUGGCCUGCAGGCCGUGUUUCCACUCAUCGCCGAGGGCCAGCGUGGCGCCACUUCGCAGGCCGUGUACCAGCUCCUUGGGCUGUGUGUCACCAUGGCGUUUGCUUUGGUGGGCGGCAGUCUCGUUGGGUUCCUGCUGAGGCUGCCCUUCCUGGACUCUCCCCCGGACUCCCAGUGCUACGAGGACCAGAUGUGCUGGGAGGUACCGGGUGAGUGCACAGAUGAAGCCCAGGUACCUCUGAGUGUGGAGGAGCCAGACACCCGGGCCUGAUGUGCUGCCAGCUCUGCAGGGGACAUCACCUCUAGAAGGCAGCGGGCAGCUGCAGCUCAGCCAGAGAGCACCUGCUCAGCAUGUCAGGACCUGGGCGGGACCCCCGAACCAUUGCUGGAAGAUGAUGAUAUUUGGCUUCUCCUACUGGGAGUCUCUUAUCUCCCUCCUCUCCUGCUUCAAGGAAGAAGCCAUGAGCCAGAAGAAGCCUCUUGUCCCUAAAAGACAGCUUCCCCUGGGGAAAGGGGGGAGGGCGAGGCUGUAACUGCCCUGCCAGCCUGCACACGUGGGUAGAAGGGCCCACAGCGAAGUGCCAGGCAACUGCCAGUCCCUGGGGUCCUUGUCACAGUUACAGAGCAGCCUGGGUCAGGCCCAGCUGUCUGGGGCGAUAAACACCAUGGUCAUCAAGGA